AGGAAACAUAUGGCUUUGCUGGAAAAUUUGAGUUCAAUGGCUCCAAAGCAAGUGCCAGAGAUGUUUGUGCUGCUCUGUAUAACAGGUUUUGCCUUCUAUAUCAAUGGCCAACCUCUCCAAAGUCAGUUUAAAGGAGAAAACUACUCCACAAAAUACGUCUGUAGUAUACCUGGGUUACCUGGGCCCCCAGGCCCUCCUGGAAACCAUGGCUCACCUGGACCACAUGGCCGGAUUGGGAUCCCAGGCCGAGAUGGCCGAGAAGGCAAAAAGGGAGAAAAGGGUGAGAAAGGAAACGCAGGUGUAAGAGGAAAGACGGGUCCUGCAGGACAAACUGGAGACCGAGGAGACCAAGGGCAGCCUGGCAAAAGGGGGCCUACAGGAUCGGUAGGAGGUAAAGGUGACAUGGGACCUCUUGGUCCAGUAGGACCAAAAGGGGAGAAAGGAGAAAGAGGAAAAACGGGCCCACCGGGAAUCUGUAAAUGUGGGCAAAUCAUACUGAGAUCAGCUUUCUCUGUUGGUAUUACUACAAGUUACCCAGAGGAAAGAUUGCCAAUCAUAUUUAACAAGGUCCUUUUUAACGAAGAGGGACAUUAUAAUCCUUCAACGGGAAAGUUCAUCUGUGCCAUCCCAGGGAUUUAUUAUUUCUCUUAUGACAUCACACUGGCAAAUAAGCACCUGGCCAUUGGUCUAGUUCAUAAUGGGAAGUUCCGGAUAAAGACAUUUGAUGCUAACACCGGAAACCACGAUGUGGCAUCUGGGUCAACGGUGAUUUACCUUCAACCUGAGGAUGAGGUGUGGCUUGAGAUCUUCUACACUGACCAAAAUGGCCUUUUUUCUGAUCCCACGUGGGCAGACAGUCUGUUUUCGGGAUUUCUCUUAUAUGUAGAUACAGACUACCUUGAUGCUCUGUCAGACGAAGAUGACCUGUGAUGGAGAUGGCUACAUACUUCUAAAUGGACAAACGGCAGUGGAUAGACUCUGCCCUUCCCUCUUUGUAAGGCAAUGCCUUUAUCUGGAAUUUUGUUUUCGUUGCCAAA